AGUAUGACAACACAAAGUGUCAUUGAUUGCACCCGAUACGCCGCUACAUUUCUAAAGCGUGUAAUCAAAUGAACGAUAACGUAAGAGCAAUAGGUACGUGACUGGCAGAGUCGUCUAGUGAACAGCUGAGAGUACGUCAAACAAGUAUCAAAAUGGCGCCUAGCCUAGACAGUGGCCUUUCUGUCAAAAAGAUCGAGGAAAAAACAGGGGCGAUAAUAGAUUAUGUAGAUCUUAAAAAGCUACCCCAGUUCGGAGCGCUUAGUGAGAAGGUGAAUAGUAUCGUCGACUCCAGCUCGUGGUGGGAGCGUCACGGGGUGGACAUGUGUCUCCACACCGCGGGUUUCAUUGGCUGGUUCUACAGCCACUUCCUGUUGGCCUCGACCAAUCCCCUCGUCUUCACGGCCGGGAUUCUCCUCCUGGGGUGCUGCCACGGGAUGAUCACCAUCAAGUCCGCGCACAUGGCCGUCCACGGCGCCGUCUGCGCAUCGCCCUUCUGGAACCGGAUGUGGUGCUUCGUCGCGUCCGAUAUCGUCGGCACGUUCUCCGCGGACGUCGGGUACGCUAUCCACGUCAAGGGCCACCACCCGCACACCAACAUCAUCGGCCUGGGUGACUCCAGCACUUUCAAAGCGCCUUUCGUGCCCAGCAUGCUGUAUAUGUUUGUGACUCCGCUGCUUUUGCCGAUUAUGACGCCACUCGUCGCGCUGAAAGAAAUUAUCCCGGAGUCUUUUUUCAAAACAGUCCGCCAUCUUGUUUUAGCAUACUUAGGCCUAUCCUUUCAUUUAUAUCUCCUAGCAACCAUAUCACACCUGGACAUUGUCACGUCCAUCCUCGUCAUCUUCCUUAGCCGUAAUGUUCUCGCCAUCCCUUACAUCCACGUUAACAUCUUCCAGCACAUCGGACUCCCGAUGUACUCCCAGAAACACCGACCCAAGAAGAUCUACCAGAUGACGACGGGGGUUCUAAACCUGCCGAGGAACCCGGUGCUGGACUACUGCUUUGGGCACGGCAUCAUCAGCUGCCACACGGAACAUCAUCUGUUUCCCCGGCUGUCGGACAACAUGUGCCUGAAGGUGCAGCCCGCGGUGAAGAAGUUCUGCCUGGACCAUGACCUGCCGUACCACGAGGACUCCUACGGCAGGAGGGUCCAGCACUUUGUGCUCAACUACAAGCAGCUGAUGGUGGACGCCCCGCCCAUCACCAAGUUUGUUGGUCUGCAGUAAAGUCAGGAACUCUGUUGGUCUAUAGGGUGGUGGUCUUCAGUAGAGUGACCUGUUGUGUUAGUCUACAUUAGGGUCACCUUUUGUGUAGGUCUACAUUAGGGUCACCUUUUGUGUAGGUCUACAUUAGGGUCACCUUUUGUGUAGGUCUACAUUAGGGUCACCUUUUGUGCAGGUCUACAUUAGGGUCACCUUUUGUGUUGGUCUACAGUAGAGUGACCUUUAGUGUUGGUCUCGAGUGACCUUUAUUGUUGGUCUCGAGUGACCUUUAGUGUUGGUCUACAGUAGAGUGACCUUUUGUGUUGGUCUACAGUAGAGUGACCUUUUGUGUUGGUCUACAGUAGAGUGACCUUUAGUGUUUGUCUACUGUAGAAUGACCUUUAAUAUUGAUCAACAGUAGAGUGACCUUUAGUGUUGGUCUAGAGUGACCUUUUGUGUUGGUCUACAUUAGAGUGACCUUUAGUGUUUGUCUACUGUAGAAUGACCUUUAAUAUUGAUCAACAGUAGAGUGACCUUUAGUGUUGGUCUAGAGUGACCUUUUGUGUUGGUCUACAGUAGAGUGACCUUUAGUGUUGGUCUACAGUAGAGUGACCUUUAGUGUUGGUCUAGAGUGACCUUGCUAGUUGGUCACCUGUAAGGUCACCAAGUUUGUUGCACAAUAAGUUUGUUGGUCAGUAAUUAUAUUGGUCUACAUUGAUUUCACCUGUUACGCUGGUCAAUGUUAAUGUCACUCUAUUUAUAGGUCUACAAUAUAUUAAUACAUUUGUUAAUUUAAAAAAACAGGGUCACUAAUUUUGUUGGUCUUCAGUAGGUUAGGCCUCUACUUUUGUUUUGCAACUUUUUGUUAUUAAUGUUAUUAAAACUUACAAUGCAAUUUUUUUAUGUUACCAUGACUUUUAUAUGGUUUUCUAAACUUUUUCAUAUUUAUAUUUUCUUUUGUUUAUUCAUAAUGUUCUCAUCUAGCUAAGAUGGUUUGUAUUUAAAAAUGCCAAUUAGUAUUAUAAGUUAAAUUAUUGAUUUAUGUAUAAUGGCAAAAGAUAUCUAUUUGUAUUUCUGCUUACAAUUAAAACAUUGCUAUUGAAAGUAAAAUGUUUAUCGGACUAA